CGCUAUCGAAAACCUGCCCCGUCUUUUCCAAAUAUAAUUCAUGCUAAAUUUACUCAUUGAUUUUCACUUAAAGUCAAUAAAUAUGUAUUGAAAGAAGAUUUAAAACAGUGAAAAUGCAUUGUAUAUUAACAAUUUGGCAGUAAAUGGGUUAUAAAUAGUAAUUUAAAAUUCUCUUCAUAUUUAAUCAAAUUUCCUCAGUUUUUUUAGGGUAGGCCUAAAUAUAAUUAAUUUAAACGAUUUCCAUUCUUCAUUUCAGUUUCAUCAUGGUUCGCAAUUACGUGAGAAAGACAGGAAGAGGGAAGUAUGAAAUUGAGACAAUGGAGAGAGCGGUAAAAGAAGUGAGGGGAGGGAGAAGUAUGAGAAGCGUAGCUGCAGAAUUUGGAUUGUGUGAUAGAACACUAGCAAACUAUUGCAAGAAAUUGUCCGCUGCACCAGGUUCUACUGAUCCCUCAAAUGAAGCGGUGAUUAUUCAACCAAAUCCUAUUAUAUCUACUACAGUAAACAAUGAUCUGGUGAUUCCUGACACAUCUACUCGUGAUCCGGCGAUUCCUGGCACUUCUACCCAUGAUUUGGCAAUUCCUGGCCCAUCUGUUCGUGAUCCGGCGAUUCCUGGUGCUUCUACUGAAGGUACUGCUGCAACAAGCCAGUCAGCUCAACCAUGGUCGCAGUUUGGCUACGCACGGAACUGGAAGGUGUUUGAGCCAUUCCAAGAACAAAUGCUGGCUGAGUAUUUGCUCAAGGCAUCUGAUAUAUACUUUGGAUUAACGCCUAAGGAAGUUAGACGAUUUGCGUACACUUACGCUGUAGCAUGUAAUUGCAAAAUACCCCCAAGCUGGUCAGAAAAUGAAAUGGCCGGCCCUGACUGGUUCACCUCAUUCAUGAAGAGAAAUAAAACACUUUCCAUCAGAACUCCUCAAGCAACUAGUAUGUCCCGGGCAACAAGUUUCAACCGGACGAACGUUGACCUGUUUUUCAGGAACCUAACCACUGUCCUCCAACGAUUUCAGUAUGGGCCUAAUGAUAUAUGGAACGUUGACGAGACUGGCGUCACAACCGUUCAACGACCAGAUAGAAUUGUAGCGCGGCGUGGAUUUAGGCAAAUAGGGAAACUAACUUCCGCUGAACGAGGAAAUCUCGUCACAAUUGCGUUUGCAGUGAAUGCAGCAGGCAAUAGUAUUCCCCCGUUCUUCGUAUUUCCUAGAGUAAGAUACCAUGAUCACUUCAUCCGUGACGGGCCUCCUGGUUGCGAAGGCGAUUCAAAUCCUUCUGGAUGGAUGAAGGAAGCCAAUUUCCUGAAAUUUGCCAAACAUUUUGUCUCUCAGGCCAGAUGCUCCAAGGAAAAACCUUGCAUUCUAUUGCUAGACAAUCAUGAAUCGCACUUAUCAGCCGACGUCUUAGAUUUAUUUAAAGACAACGGUGUGACCUUACUCUCAUUCCCCCCUCACUGCAGCCACAAGCUUCAACCUUUGGACCGUUCUGUGUAUGGACCUCUUAAAAAAUACAUCAACACUGCGUGUGAUGCUUGGAUUUGUACAAACAAAAGACCUAUGGGGAUAUAUGAUAUACCAUCCAUUUUUGAAAUCGGCAGCACCUCUGGCGUUAACACCAACUAA